AUGGAAAUUGUCGAAAGUAUUCGGAAAAGUGUAACAGAAUCGAUUCCAGAUAUUCAACUGGAACAAAUCUCAAAUUUUUUUCAACGUAAUAGCCAUUCUUUUAUGAAUCGCGUGAGAGCCAGUUCUCGGAGUAGAAGAGACCAUGAAACCCUUAGACGCACAGAAUUUUUAAGAAAAUACUAUUCAAAAACAUCAUUUUGUAAGCCACAGCCGACGCAGACAGCGACACCCACAAUAUUGACUCUGAUGCCUACAGUACCAAGAAGAAAACUCUCAUCUACUAAUUCCACAAUAUCAUACAUACCUUCUGUUGCUUCACUUGAUGAUGGAUGUUUUGCAGAAAUGUCAUCAAGUAUACAGAUACAUAAAGACUCGAUAUCUGACUAUGAAUUAAAUGACAAUGAGAUACAAAUAACAAUCAAUCACGAACAAAAGAGAAAUUUUUUGAACGUCACAAUUCAUAGAGUCAAUGUAACAUCACUACCAUCAGAUAUUGAACACAUCAUUGCCAGAGUUUAUGUGACACCCGGAAAGUUACAAAAGCAGAACAGUAAAAGCAUUGGUGUUAAAAAGGCUUCCAGAUGGGAACAUGAAUUUACCUUUAAAAAGUUAACAAUCGGGCAAUUAGAGGAUUGUAGUAUACGCUUCCAAAUAUUCACUACAAAAGGAUUUUUUAAAGUUCCAGUUCGUAUUGGAAGAGUUUCAGUUGAUUUAAAAGAUGUAAAUAUCAGUGAUUUCCGAACAACGAUACUAAAAUUAGAAAGAGAUAUCUAA